GACACAACGGCAGCGCUCAACGGUGUUGCAUCACAUAACUCACAUAUACAUACAGCUUUUGCGUGUAUAUAUCGCGGAAAAAGAGGCGGUAGAGAUUGAUUUAGAGAGAGAUUUGCUUCGAAUUGCGUGCAUUUCUGCCCUAAUUUUGGUUGCGCGAGAGUGAACGAUGCGAAUGCGGUGAGAAAGGGAAGGAGUAGAUACAAGAGCUUGAAAUUCGAAAGGAAGAUCAACUCCAAACUGAGACAAUUUCAUAGCUUUCAGCCCUAAUUCUGAAUAUAGGAAACGAGAUCUGCCGAAUGCAGUGGAAAAGGAAAUGCAAUUAGAGAUGAAAUCCUAGAUAUGGCGGGAUGGAGAUUCUUUUUCAGUUAAGUCACUCUUGACCUCUUUGCAUUGGCGGUUCAUAUAUUAAAAAGAAGAGAAACGCUGUGGAGCUGCAAAAUGCUAUUCAGCAGCGAAAUUGAGUCUUUGCAUGAUGAUGGCUUUGAGGGUUCAGCGGAUGAACACAAUACUUGUAGAAAAGUGUACUUUGGUAAUGAUGGUGGUAGAGGCACUAAACGGUGUCUUGUUACCGGAGUCAUAAAUUUCGAAAAUGUGAAUAGCAAGGAUGCAGACAUAUCGCUUGGUUCAAACAGUGGAAGCUCCGCUUUAACUAGUCAGGAGGAUCCUCUUAAUGUGAAAGAGGAUCCUAGAGAGAAAUCUGAACCUUUACACGUCUCAAAAAAAUUUGAGCGGGAAAUAAGAGAAAACCCUGAUGUAGCGGCAAAACGUAUGAAAUUUUCUAUUGAUGGUCCUUCUGAUGCCAAAUCAUUAACGCAAAAUGGAUUCGGUUCUUCAGCUCCAUUGCAAGGAGUUAUUUCUGAUGUGCCUCAGUCAGCUUCAUGUUUUGUACGUCACAAUGUAACAUGUCGUAUAGUUGAAUCAGCUGGAAGCGGGGUUUCAUGUAGUUGCUAUCUGCUAAAGAAGCACAACAAAAUGGAAUUUGGUGGCGAUACUAAUGACGAUGAUUGUUCCAGGUUUAAAUUGUCUAGUGUUGAUGGACGUGAGCAGAAGGAGGUUGGAGCUAGCAAAGCUAUCGCAUCACCUGUUUCUCAGGAGAGCUCUGCGACAAAGCUUCUGAUUUCAAGUUCUGCCAUAGUUGCAAAUGACUCUGGAUGUCAUCGACCUUCGAAGCCACGCUGGAAAGAUUCUUGCUUUGUAGAACUAGAUGAAGCAGAAAUGUCACUGAGUAGAGAGUCCAAGAAUGAUCCACGCCCCCUUCUCCGUUUCCUCAUCAACCGUUUACUAACAGCUGCAGGAUGGGUGGUAGGGAGGCGUAAAAGAUCAAGCACAUAUAAUGGGAUUGGAGAAUACGUAUACAAGUCACCAGAGGGAAGGCCAAUGCGUGAGUUUCGUAGAGCAUGGGUCUUGUGCGGGCAUAGUUUGUUUGAAGGUUCGGAUAUUGUCCACCAGGAACGUGAUGUCAAACAGUAUAUUGAUUUGGCUCAGUUUUGGUCUGCUCUAAAUGAAUCAUCAAACAAAAUUAAAGAAAUGGAGGACUGGGAAACUACUUCAGCACUAGCACAUUGUUGGUAUCUUCUAGAUCCCUUGGCAAAAGUACUGUUCAUUGACAAACAAUUUAGCUCACUAAAAGCAGGAAAGAUAAUUCAAGCAAAGAGAAGUUUUGUUGUUCGUUCAAAGAAAACCAGUGAUUCUGUUUUCACCUUGCAUAAUGUGGAAAAUGCUGGAAACCUUCUUCUAGGUGAUGUACAUGCGACACAUCAGUCUUGUAGAUCUUCUCAGGUUUUAGAUCGAGCACUGGUUGUUUAUAAUAAAGGUAAUAUCAGCGAGCAGGAUAAAUAUUCUGAAUACUUGCAGGUGCUACCACUGGCAACCCAGAAGGGUGCACCAUCUAACACAUCCAAAGAGAAAUCUGGGAGAAACAUUAAAUUUGAAGAAAUGUCUCGUGAUGAAAGAAAUCUAGCUAUCUUAUCUUUGCAGGCUUAUGGUUCAGACAGCAGUUCAGAUGAGAUAGAUAAUGACCUGUUUGGCGUUCGCAUUGGUACUCAUGAUGCAAACCUGUAUCUAGGUUGUGAUAUGAAAAACUCUCCUCUUUGCUCUGCCCAGCAGCAGAAUGGUAAAAGUUUUCAUCACAUUCAUAGUAGUUCUAGGGACUUGACUCAUGCUGAUUACAAUGAUAGACAUGUUCUUGGUCUGAGUAUUAAGAGUAACAGCGCUGGAGAUGGUUUACCUGUAAAGCGUAAUUCUAUCGGCUCUGGUAAUAAGCCGAAAAAACCUCGAGCCAAAGAAGGAAAUGGACAGAAGAAAUCAUAUAAAUGCCGAUUAAAAGAUGACGAUCUUCUAAUUUCUGCUAUAAUAAAAAAGAAAAGUUGCAAGUCUACUACUAAACAAACCAAGGUCAGAAAGAUUUCGUGCAGAUCAAAAUCUUUCAAAAAGCGCAAAAACCAAAAGGGAAGUUGCAGGUUGCUUCCACGAAGUUUCAAUAGGAGCGGGGUACAUUACAAGGAAGGAAACUGUUUACCCUUAGGUUCCAGAACAGUAUUGUCCUGGUUAAUUAACUCUGGAAAUAUUUCUCUCAAUGAAGUGGUACAGUACCGGAAUACGAAGGAUGACACCGUGGUGAAGGAUGGUUUGGUUACAUGGGAUGGAAUAUUAUGUAGGUGCUGUGAAACAGUACUCUCUGUGUCCGAGUUCAAGAGUCAUUCUGGUUUUAGGCUGAACCGACCCUGUCUUAAUCUUUUCAUGGAGUCUGGUAAGCCAUUCACCUUAUGUCAACUUGAGGCAUGGUCAGCGGAAUAUAAGGCUAGGAAGAGUCCUACUCGAACUCUGCGAGCGGAUGAAGCGGAUGAAAAUGAUGACAGCUGUGGACUGUGUGGUGUUGAGGGCGAGUUGAUAUGUUGUGACAACUGCCCAUCUACAUUCCAUCGAGCUUGCUUGUAUGAACAGGAAAUACCCGAGGGUAGCUGGUACUGUUCGCAAUGCACUUGCCAGAUUUGUGGGGAUUUGGUUAAUGAUAAAGAGUCUUCAAACUCCCCUAAUUCAAUUACAUGUUACCAGUGUGAACAUAAAUAUCACGAGAGAUGCUUGAAGGAAAAGUGUAUACAAGCUGCUGAGGAUUCUGACAUCCGGUUAUGUGGAGAGGAAUGCUACAAGGUUUACUCGGAUCUUCAUUCCCGAGUCGGGCAUAUGAAUCUCAUUUCUGAUGGUCUUGCUUGGACUCUCUUGAGGUGCAUUCAUGGCGACAAAAAAUUCAACUCUGGUCAACGGUUUGUUGCUUUGAAGGCAGAGUGCAACUUAAAAUUAGCUGUUGCUCUUACAAUAAUGGAGGAGUGCUUUCUUCCAAUGGUUGAUGCAAGGACAGGCGUAGACAUGAUACCCCAUGUGCUGUACAACUGGGGAUCCCGAUUUGCGCGACUAAAUUAUCAUGGUUUUUACACUGUGGUCUUGGAGAAAAAUGACGUGUUGUUGUCAGCAGCAUCAAUCAGGAUCCAUGGAGCAACAGUUGCAGAAAUGCCCCUGAUUGCUACCUGCAGUAGAUACCGGCGGCAGGGAAUGUGUCGCCACCUUAUGAAUGUCAUCGAAGAGAUGCUAAUGUCCAUAAAGGUUGAGAAGCUUGUCAUAUCUGCAAUACCUGAUUUAGUAGAGACAUGGACAAAAGGUUUUGGCUUUGAAAGGUUAGAGGAUGAUGAGAGACGACAACUGCGGCGAACUGUCAACUUAAUGGUAUUUCCAGGAUCAGUAUGGCUCAAAAAAUCUCUCUCUAGGAGUCAAGUAUCAAAGGAUCAACAAAUCGGUGAAAUAGAAUCAUGCAAUGUGUCACCUUCUGAAAAAGAUGACUUGCAUGUUUCUGGAUCUUUAGUUGAAGAGCCCCAUGGGAUUCAGCCUGCAAGUGAACCCGAAGUGCAUAUGACCACUGAGGAACUUGAUGUCAAGACAGAACUGGUACCCGCUAAUGGCAACAACAUACAGAUAGACAAAGACCUGAAAGAAGCCGUGGAUAUCCGCUGCUCGAAGCUGUCAUGUGAAGAGAAAGAAGAAAAUAAUCAAUCGAAAGUUUAUGUUGAUUCAAUGGAAGUGUACAUUGAAAGAGAACAUACCGAACAGGUAGAGAGACCAGUUAGGCAAGGCAUAAUAACAGCGAAUGACGUAUAGGGAACCUGUAGCAUUGCACUCAAAGAGUCAAAGUGCUUAUAAAGAAAUGUAUAAACUUGUAGCAUUGCAUUUCAGUAGGUUGAAAAUCUAGAUUGGCAGUUCCUAAAACUGCAGGAAAAUUUUAAAUUUAGACUAGGUGUAUUUCAUCUGUUACUUUGUUGUUUUUUAAACCAAGAAAAAUUGGUAGACUUAGAGGA